UUUGGCGGGCGAGGCGCCCGGCUGAGGGGAGGCUGAGGCGAUGCUGAGGCGAUGGCCGCUCCCUCCCGCUCGCCCAGCGCUUGUAGCCGGGAGCCUGCUUGAGGAGCGAGCCAGGGGAAUGGACGAGCCUGUGGAAUGGGCCGGGGAUCGCCUUAGGGAGCGGGCAGGGCGGCGGCCAGUUUCCCCUCACGGCUGCCGGGGCGCUCCCGGCCUGUGGGAGCUGCUUGGCAUGCCGCGUGGUGAGAGAGACGAAGUAGAAGCUGGUGCUUAGCCCCUAACUGACAGAUUGAAACAUGACUGAUAUGGAUGAAUCCCAGGCUUCUGGUUCCGAUUACCCUGAUGCCCAAGAUCUAAUAUGCACUCAACAGGAAGAAACAUACAUGUUACAUGAACACACAAAUAACAAAAGGAAAUGCUCGCGCUCAAGGCAGAAGGGUGCCACUCCUGAGGAGUCUUCAGUUCAGGUCAUCCUGGACAGCAGUGAUUCAGAAAUUGGCAGUGAGUACAACACCACUGAACCUUCAAAGCAAAAAAGGAGAUCACAACCUUCAAGGCAACAAGUGGAAGACGUUAUAACAGUGCAUGAUGAUGAAAGUUCAGAUUCUUCUCCAUCUCCUCUGAGUCCAGUGAAGCUACCUGAACCCUCCAAAGAGAAGAAAUCCAAGCUUAAUUUGAAAGCCAUUUUUGCCUAUCACUUCAGGGGAAGGAAGUUUAAAACUGCUGCACACAACAAUUUUCGGAGUAAAAGGAGGAGGAGGAAGACGAAGACGGAGACUGAGACAAAGACAAAGACAAGGACAAGGCAUAAGCACACAUACAUGCCUACUAGGAGGCCUCCACUGACAGCCUCUCCACAAGAGAAGAGGGAAAGGCUUCUACAUCGGGGUGUUCAGUUUCCUUUUGUUGAAAAACAUUAUGGGACAAAACAUAUUCCCUUAAAGAUGGUUCUUAACUAUGAGCAAGCAGCUACAAGGGGAUAUUUGCAGUACAUUGAAAUGCUCAAAUACGAAGAACAUCUCAAAAAGGCUUUGAAAGCACUUCAAGCUAGUGAAGACUUAGAAAGAGAAUGUCUGGCAGUACGGAAACACAAGUAUUUAGAUGAUGAAGGUCCCAUUUCCCCUAUCCAGGAGAUGAAUGAUGACAGCAGCAUGGGUGCUGAUAAUGAAGAUGACUUUGAUGUCAGAGUAGUGGACAACAGCUGUUUCAUUUUAAGCAGCACACUUCCCAGUAAGAAGAAAUCCAAGACAGAAACAAAACGUGCAAAAUCAACAAGAGCGGUGGAAGUAAAAAAGAGAGACCGUGCUGCUGCGAAGUCUGGGCUUCAGCGAGGUUCACUCCAGUGAACAGCAAACUGCUAAGGGAGGUGGCAGCGGUCACUGCAGAUACCUUGUUAAGGCCUACGUGGGUUAAAGUGUUUGUCUGAAGACGACGAUAAGCUAUCAACUCAGCAACCUAGUCAGAUUGGGCUUAAGGCAUCUACCUGAGAAGUACUCCGUGGCUUCACAGACUCAUCCAGGACCUAGGAGUGGGGUUCUUGCUGGUUUCUGUUGCUUUUGGAUAAUGAAAUACCAGUCAACUGAUGCAAGAGACUUUGUGGAUGAAUUCACCGGCUUGGCAGCACUGAGCAGUUGUAACUUGUUUUUGGACUGCUUGAAUUCUUGACAGCUGUUUGCUGACCUUCUGAUGACAGAUCUUUUACUUCAGCACACUCCUGUGGAACGCAUUAGGGAAAGAGGAAGCCCACCGACCAGUCCAGUCUGAAGGAAAGUCUUGGAGGCAUAUAGAGAAAAUGAGAAGAACAAGAAGCCAUUUCCCAGGAAUAUGAACCUGCAGCAGGUACUGGCUUCUGCAUUUCACACAAAUGAAAAGUGGUGCAAAUGGAGAAGCUUGGUGAUUUGGAGUACAGAACGAAGGGAAUUUUGUAUUUUAAAAGGAUUAGCUGUGGAAGAGGAUAACGACCGCUUUGACUGCUUGUAGUGUCAGUUACUGAACUUCAGAGGGGUGAAAAACAACACCUGAGUGCUGCCAGAACACGUCCAAAGGUCCUGCUGUGAUGUUGCUGCAAGUUUGUUGCAAGGAAGAACAGAACAGCUCUUAAAUGCAGAAAGGAUGCUAGAGUGACAUUAAUUACUGCAAUUAACACUAACUUUCCUUACUGCUCUGGAAACUGAAAUAAGUGUGUUACCAACUGCUUUUCCCCCACUUCUGUUAUUUGAACUCAACUGUAUUCAGGCUUGGGGGGUGUUUAUUCCGUACAUGCCACAACAUUUAAAUAAAAGUAAUGUCUGAAAGGA